CCGGAGAUAGUUCAGACAGAGGUCCUGAUAGAAUCUGCCUAGUCUAGCCACAUUCCCAGCUGCAAUGUUAAGUGAUAGAUCUAUGUUCUGGUUGUCAUUGUUAAUUAAACAAAGCUAGCCCGUGGAGGAAGUUCUGAGGGUUACUGUGACUCGAGUCGGACCAACAAGUUCGGCCCCCUGUGUGAGUACACGUGUCACUGCAGAUACCAGCAGGCGUUGCGAUGCAGCGAGGACGGCACAUGUUCCUACAACGAAUGUCAGGACGGAUAUUUCGGAAAAAGAUGUCAAUACCGGAACAUCGCCGCAGGUCUCACCAACGCCAGCUUUAUAGAUUUCAAUGUGGAUACAUGCAACCUGAACGUGAUGUCUGAAGUGUCCGUCUACGGUGAAACGACCCCUUUCAACUUCACCUGGCUCAGAGUGUCCGGAAACUGGAGCACUCUCCAGAGUCUGACAAUGGACUGGGAGGACACAGACGGUUCAGUUGUUCCCUGCACUAACUUAGUCAAGAGGAGAGUCGUGUAUGGGUCCGACUGGUAUAACACCAUUGACUUUGACUGUCCGGAUAUCUCCAAACCCAUCAACAGGAUCGUUUUAAAAGGAACCAUUGGGCGAUAUGAACUUUGUUCAACAUACAUGAGUGACAAGAGAAACUGCCCCGCUGGAUGGUACGGACCCAAGUGUCAAUACAAGUGUCGAUGUUCCUUGGAGUUUGAAUGUCAGGAUGACGGGACGUGCUUGUCCAGCUGCCAGAAAGGAUGGUUUGGUCCAGCCUGUCAGUACAGUGACAUAGCGUAUAAAGCAACUGGUGCGACUGGUUCUACGAGACUCACUGACGGAGACGACAGUACGUGCGAGAAUGUCUACUCGGGGUAUCCCACAACAGUCCAAACUGGGAUAGAUUUCAGGUUUACUUGGAUGAGAAUUAGCGGCGAUACCAAAGUUCCCGCUGUGUCUGUGGAGUUUAAGAAAGAUAGCCAGACACUCCCCUGCUCCAACGUCUUGAAAUCAACAGUCAGUGAAAACGUCGUGGACAUCCGAUGUGAGAAUGCCACCCUCACCAUAGACAGAGUGACCCUAUCAGUGUCUGGUCAGACGUCCAUUUGUUCUGUGCACAUCAGUGGUGGACGCUACAUUGGACUUGAACAAGAUGCCCGUCAGUCCACCGUUGCCUAUGACGGGUAUGCUCAGAACGCUGUAGAUGGAGACACUGACGAUGAUUACUUCCACUAUUCGUGUAGCCACACCAUACAAUAUGAAGACUUCUCGUGGUGGGAAGUAAGUCUGAAGACACCAGUGAUACCUUCCACCUACAAGCUGUAUAACAGGGAUCGCUAUCAAUGCCGACUGACACAGUUCAACGUGAGCAGCUACUACGACACGUCUCGCAGAGGUCAGCAGUACUGGGGAGACUCCACACAACAAAUCGUGACUAUGGACUCGGGCACCUCAGAACCUGUCAAUAGCGUGAACAUAACGUUCUCCAAAGUGAACAGAUGUCGGGAAACGUACACUCUCAUCACUUUGUGUGAAGUGGAAAUCUACGGAGAGCCUGCCACACAGUGUCCCCUGGGUCGGUACGGCCGAGAGUGUGAACUUGCCUGUCAGUGCAGCCAGCCGUCAGAGCCAUGCUACGUCUCUACAGGAAUGUGUGCGUCCGGAUGUCCAGCCGGAUAUAUGGGGGAAGGAUGUUGGACAGAAUGUGGCCGUGGCCGAUGGGGAAAAGACUGCUCUCAAUUCUGCAGCAUCAAUUGCAUCAGUGGAACGUGCGACCGAGUGACAGGAGAGUGUGAUGGCGGAUGUACUCGGGGCUUCCUGCCUCCUAACUGUGAAGACGGUUGUGGGCCGGGGUAUCACAGCUACAACUGUACAGAGCGUUGUUCAACAAGCUGCUACAACAGAUUGUGCAAUGCUCUUACUGGAGUCUGUGACUCGUGUAUAGCUGGGUACCAGACAGACUAUUGUGAUCAAGAAUGUCCAGCAAAGACGUGGGGAAAAGUCUGUAAGGAAGUCUGUGAUGGACGAUGUGUAGACCAAUUGUGCCACCACGUCAAUGGGACUUGUAACGACUGCCAACCUGGGAAGGAAGGAGAUCUCUGUGAAAACACCUACGGCAGUCGCUGUGUGCACCAGUGUAGUGGAAAGUGCUCGGAGGAUGUCCCUUGUGACAAACGAGAUGGAAACUGUCUGGGUGGUUGUAUCUCUGGCUAUCUGGGACAGUUCUGUGAUCAACAAUGUCCAAACAACACUUACGGUCUCAACUGCUCCAACACCUGUAGCCCCACGUGUGUACUCAGAGCCACCAGCAGCAGCGCCAGUGACACACUCAGGCGAUGUCAUCAUGAGGCUGGGGCAUGUCUCUACGGUUGCCUGGAAGGUUACGAGGGAGUGAGGUGCUCCGAGAGUGACAAUGAGGACAUUCAAGUAGGUGCUAUCGUUGGACUGGUCAUGGUCAUCAUCCUGCUGAUUGGCGCUCUGGUUACAAUUUUGUUGUACAGGAAACGAAGAAAGGCCCAGAAGGAAAGCAACUCACCACAAAAUGAUGCGGUCUCCAUGGAUACUGCUGACGCCGAGAACAAAACCAAACAGAACCCGUAUGAGAACCAGGAGAACACAGACGACGCCAAGCCACAAGUAGAAACAUCUCAGGCUUCCAAAGGACCAAGUCACACAGCUCAACCAGUGACGGAUGUAGAUACAUCUACCUACUGUAACGAGGAAUCUGUCUAUGAAAUGUUAUAAAACACGGAGCUUCAUAUUCUGUUUGGCAAAGAAAAUAAAUUCCAUCAGAAUCAAGCCAA